AUGCUCGUCCAGCACGUCUUGUCUGGCGGCUUGGUCGCCUCCGCUGCGUCGAACGGCGCCGGCAGCUUCGUCAAGCCUUCGACCUUCACCGCCCCUGGCGCGUUUCCUACGACGGCCUACCACAAAUACUAUAAUAAUCCUACGCAGACAUCUGCUCAGGUUCAACCAGUGGUCACUGAUCCUGUCUCCCAUGUCACGUAUCCUUUGGCCCUUACUGACCCAGACCACAUCCCAAAGAAUGACACGACCGAUCCUCACCCUCUCCCGCCUCGCGCAUCAGACUCGUUGAUCCUCCAGCAUGCCUUGGAACAGAUUCGUUCGAUCGCCAGCAAUGCUAACCUCGAAAGCACCUGUGCUAAAUGCCAGGCCGGCCUCGAGGUCGCCAAGUUCGUGGCACUCGCCGCGCCUGAGAUGGGUCCGGAGCUCGCGGUCACGCUCUGUGACGAGUUUGAGUUCAGCAACACUUGCGGAAAUCAGUUCAGUGUUCUGGCGUUGGGAAGCGUUAUCACCCAGGUCGUCGCCAAUGCCGACGUCGCCGGUCUGGAUGGACAGCUUCUUUGCCAAAAUUUCUUAGGCUUAUGCCCACUGCCACCCGCUUCGCCAGUGAAUCUGACCAAUUGGUUCGCUAAGCCGAAGCCGAGUCCACUUCCCCCUCCUAAAAAACCCAGCGGAAAGCUUCUAAAGGUUUUACACAUAUCGGACAUACAUCUCGAUCCUCGAUAUGCCACUGGAGCGGAGGCGAAUUGUACGAGCGGUUUGUGCUGCAGGACGAACAAUGUAGCGACUUCGAGCCCGAAUGUUACGCUCCUACCAGCGCCGCGUUUUGGCUCCUACCUCUGUGAUACUCCAUAUUCCCUCUUGCUCUCGGCUCUGCAAGCCAUCCCUAAACUGGCUGGCACCGAGGAGAUAGGGUUUGCAUAUAGCGUUUUCACCGGUGAUUUGGUGUCACACGAUCCAGAAAAUCAGCUGUCACGGAGCUACGUUGAAUACACUGAGACGGUGCUUUAUGACCUACUGAAGCGGUUCCUAGGGAAUGGUCCCGUGUACGCCGUCCUUGGAAAUCACGAUACUUACAAUCAAGCGCAGGAUGCUCCGCACGCUAUUUCGGGUAGCUUGGCGGAACAGUUUAACUGGAACUACGACCAUGUUUCCUCCCUAUGGAGCCACGAGAAUUGGCUUCCCGAGGCCGCCGUGCAACUCGCUCGGGCCCAUUAUGCCGCCUAUAUGGUCAAGAGGUCCGAUGGCCUUCGCAUAAUCACGCUCAACACCGACAUGUGGUACCGCUCCAACUAUUUCAACUACAUCAACAUGUCCACCUCAGAUAACUCUGGAAUGCUUCGGUUCCUCACGGAUGAACUCCAAGAUGCGGAAGACGCUGGAGAUCGAGUGUGGAUCCUAGGACACGUCCUGUCCGGUUGGGAUGGGACAAACCCGCUGGCCAACCCGACUAAUCUCUUUUAUCAAAUCGUUGACCGCUUUUCGCCUCACGUUAUCGCCAACAUAUUCUGGGGUCAUACUCAUGAAGAUCAGCUCUCCAUUUUCUACGCCAACAAUGGAACCAUCCAGAACGCGCAAACGGCUCAAACAGUGUCAUGGGUCGGCCCCUCCCUCACACCGUUGACCAAUCUAAACUCGGGGUUCCGCGUGUAUGUUGUUGAUUCAGCUACAUUCGAUAUUAUCGACGCGUACACCUGGAAGGCGGAUGUGGAUACGUUCUCCCAACUGGAUCACCAGCUGGAAUUUGGGCCGUCCUACGGGUUCGAGUACUCCACAAGACAAACGUACGGUGGUAACAUCACCUGGCAUGCUGAUGCCCCGCUGAAUGCAACCUGGUGGCAUCUCGUCACGGAGCAGAUGGAGAGCGAUCCUUCGUUGAUGGAGACUUUCACGCGUUUCCAGGGCAAGGAAUCAGUGCGGACGCAACCAUGCACGGACGAGUGCGUGACGGCAAAAGUCUGUUACAUGCGCAGCGGCUCUGCCAGCAUAGCGAGGCAGAACUGUGCCACUGGAUUUGGUUCUGUGCAAGGUGGUUGAUGCGAAUGCAAUUAUGAGAAGGUCCCGCUGGGGGGGGACGAGCUUCGUAUCCCUCCGGGUUCCCCAACAUGUCUGCUUCUCGCUACGCUCGUGCCAAAUUUCCAAACGGACAUCUCGCUUCAUCUCUCACGCUGUUGUACAAUUGCCUGUGUUCAACCGGCACGUUGAAAUGGAAGCUACUGGCCCUUUCAUGCAAUCCUAUCGAUAUACAUAUG